AUGAAGCCAGACAGGAAUGAUCGUUAUGAAAAAGUCAAGAUUGCAGUCAUUGACUCGGGUUUGAAUGAUACAGUGAAGCGCCGUUACAUGACUCAAAACGACAUUGUGUACAAGGACUUCUGUCAUGAGACAGGGAACAAUUCAUGGCAUGGGACUUGCUGCGCCAAGAUUAUUGGGGACAUGUAUGAAGAAGCAAAAUUCUCCAUUGCUAGGAUCUUUCAGGAGGAUCACUCGAAUGACAGCGAGGGACCGAUCCGAAUGGCCAAGGCAAUCGAUUGGGCCAUCAGCAACUCCGUCGAUAUCAUCAGUAUCUCUGCUGGAUUUCGAGACUACUCCAAAGAGUUGGAUGAAGCCGUAACCAAAGCCAAGGCUGCUGGCACACUCGUCGUUGCGGCAGCGGCAAAUUGGCAAAACACUGGCACAGUCGCGUUCCCAGCACGACACAACCUCACAACUAUGUGUAUAUACUCGACCAACGUGGGAAAUCAGAGCUCAACCUUCAACCCUGAACCGCGAAGUGAUACGCCUAACUUUGCUGUCCUGGGCGAGGGGUUUCAGCAUCCAGAUCAGAAGAGUGAGCCAAUGAGUGGAACAUCAAAUCACAAGAUGUAG